CCGUUUUCAUUGUAUUCUAGGGUUUGCUAGCUCCACCCUGCGAGUCUGAAAGAACGGCUCUCUCUCUCCCUCUCUCCCCUUUUUCUUUCUGCGACGAACUGUUUUAUGCCUAUCUAUCCUCAGCCUUUUCACUUUGUGUCUACAAUCUUCGAUCUGACCUAAUUAACCAGAGAUCGGUCUCUGUUAUCUUUUCUGUAUAUUAGUGAGACAUUCGGAUUACGCAGGGGCCACGUCGCUGACCGGAGAUAUCCAGGAAGCAUCCGGGCUCGGAUUCAGCGUAAGAUUGCAAAACCACGAAAGUUUUCAAACUUCCGCUCCUGAAAUUUCUGAACAAUCAUCAAGAGCUUUGUAGGGGAGAACAACUUCAGGCCUUACAAGAAAUGGAUCCUGGUCGCUUUGGUCUUCAGCAAGGAUGGGAAAAUAACAGCGCUUUGGAGGGGUAUGGUCCAGUCCAUGAGCCAAACUUCCGGGUUGGUGGUUCAUAUGAUGAUAGGAGGUUUAUUGAUGAAAGAUUCUCAAGGGAUAGUAUCUACUCCCGGAAUGCCUUCCAUCGUGACAUACUGGAGAGGGAGAACUAUCCACCCCCAUCUGCAAUUGGCCCAUGGCCGCAAACCAGAAGGAGAAGUUAUGAAGAAGGAUAUUCACUUGAGAGGGACUCUAGGCGACAUGAGAAGCCCUAUGAUUCAUAUCGGGACAUAGAUGCUUUCCAUGAAGCUGACAAAUAUCAUGAGUUUGGUACAUUUCAGGAAUAUGAGAAGUUCCGAGAUGGCUAUCAUGGUAUGGACAACUACCAUGAUCAUGGAUAUGAUAGGUCCACUAGAUAUGGGGGACGUGAGCGUGAUGAUUAUGCAUAUGAUGAUUAUGAUUAUAGAUCUCGUAAUCCUCAUCAAAGUCGGGAGGGUCGGGAGGAUAGCCAUGAGAGGGAUUACGAUUAUGGAAGGCAUAGCUAUGAUUCUGAUUACGAUAGAGGCAGUAGGAGAGGUAGCAGCUGGAGUCGUCGUGAAUCACGUGACAGAGAUCGGGACAAGCGAUGUUUGAGUAGGGAAAUAGAUAGGAGCCCACAUAGAAGGCAUGAGCGUUCUCGGUCUCGAGGACGCGAUGAUCGUCCCAAAUCAAGGUCUCCUCGGGGUCGAAGUCAUGGUCGAAGUUAUCGAGAGGACAGCUAUGAUGAUGGCCGUUAUGAGAGGAGUGAGAAACGAAGGGAUCGUGAUCGUCAGCAUGAACAGAACUCUGUGGUUCCAUCAGCUACUGUUGUUGUGAAGGGUCUAUCGCAGAAGACAACUGAGGAAGAUUUAUAUCAGAUUCUUGCUGAAUGGGGACCCCUUCGUCAUGUUCGUGUGAUCAAAGAACGGAAUUCAGGCAUUUCUCGAGGAUUUGCCUUCAUUGAUUUUCCUUCUGUGGGGGCUGCACGUGCGAUGAUGGAUAAACUUGGAGAUGAUGGUUUUGUUGUGGAUGGUAGGAAGCUCUUAUUUGAGUAUAGUAGCAAGCCAACAGGGGGUUCUGGUGGACCAUCAUUUGGACCUGAUAACACAUCAAAAUCUGGCCAUGGUAACCACAGAAGUGUCACAAUACCGUCUGAUUGGAUGUGCACCAUCUGCGGCUGCAUCAAUUUUGCGCGGCGGACAUCAUGCUUCCAGUGUAAUGAGCCACGAACAGAUGAUGCUCCACCAGCAGAUAUGGCAUCAUCAAAUCCUACUUCAAUGGGGAAGAAAGGGGAGGCAGGUCCCACCCAUGUUUUGGUCGUCCGUGGAUUGGAUGAAAAUGCUGAUGAAGAAAUGCUUCGUUAUGAAUUCUCCAAACAUGCUCCAAUCAAGGAUCUUCGUCUGGUCAGAGACAAAUUUACUCAUGUUUCAAGAGGGUUUGCUUUUGUACAUUUUCGUACGGUUGAGGAUGCUACCAAAGCUCUUGAAGCAACAAAUGGAACAACCCUUGAGAAGAAUGGGCAGAUUCUGCGAGUAGCUUAUGCAAAAAGCAUUCUUGGACCAGGAUCAGGGCCAUCAGGAUCUUCUCAGUCAAGCAGUCUUGCUGCUGCUGCAAUUGAGGCUGCAACAUUUGCUCAACAGUAUGAUGCUGUUGGAUGGGCACCAAAGGAAUAUAAUCCAGAUGAUAAGCAGUCCACUGUUGGGAAGCAGCAUGGUGGUGGAGAGGUUUCUGGUCCAAAGGAUGCUUCUGCUCCACAAUCGGGUUUCGUAUGGGAUGAAGCAUCUGGCUACUAUUAUGAUGCUGCCUCUGGGUUCUAUUAUGAUGGAAAUACAGGUUUAUAUUAUGAUGGUAACAAUGGGAUUUGGUAUUCCUACGAUCACCAAAGUCAACAGUAUGUCCCCUGCACGAAUCAGAGUGACAACAAAAUGGAUGGAAAACAAACUGAAGUUUCCAAGGCAUCUGAUGGUUUUAGCAGAAAGGUAGUUAUUUCUGCACCAGCUGCAACAAUAACAUCAAAUGAGAAGGUCACAUCAUUACCAGAUGCUGUACAGGCUGCGGCUAAUGCAGCAAUAGCAGCAGAAAAGAAAGAAAAAGAAAAAAUGAAAGAGAUUAGGCUUGCUUCAAAGAGCAGUAUUCUGGCCAACAAGAAGAAAAUGAGUAAUGUGCUGACUAUGUGGAAGCAGAGGAGCCAUGAAGGACAAGCACCUCGUGUGGCUCUUGAUGACAAUCAGCCUUCUGCUUCGGCUGAAGAACGACCCAGUUCUGUUGGAGCAUCCAGUAAGAGCAGGUUAAAAAUGGAUGUUGCAACCAUGAAAGAGAAUAUUACCACCAAUCUUGGAUUUACCGCCACAACUACAGUGGCUCCAUCUGUUAGUUUACAGGCUGAAGAUAGGCCAAAGGCUGUUAGUAACAGCUCAGGAGGCACUUUGAUGGGGGUAAUUAGAGGGUCUGGAAGGGGUAUAGCGAAGUCAGAUACUUCAUAUUCUGGAGUAUUGGGAGUUUCGUCCUCAUCUGCCACUGCAUACAGUACAAGUUCGUCAUCAAGUACAGACGGUCACACAACUGUGACACCCUUUAGGACUGAUGCAUCUGCUUUGGGCUCUUAUGUGCCACCUGUGGCUACUGGAAGUGGGAAGAGAAGGUUCUCUGAGAUGCCACUGCAGCCAGGUUCUGCUCACAAGGAACAGCCUCAAACUACCUAUAGGGAUCGUGCAGCUGAGAGGAGGAGCUUGUAUGGUUCCUUGUCUUCAAUUGGGGAUGAUGCAUCUGAUGUUGGGAUUAAGGAUUCAAAUCGGGAUACAGCAUUCAAAAGGGGUUUAGCUGAUUCAAUGCCUUUCCCCCCUGGUGUGGGUGGAGGACGAGGUUCUGGAGAUGCCAAUGUACAGAGUUAUGAGGUGAUUACAGCAGAAAAAGCCAUUGAUGAGAGUAAUGUGGGAAACCGGAUGCUUCGCAAUAUGGGCUGGCAGGAAGGCUUGGGACUAGGGAAGGACGGGAGUGGAAUGGUAGAGCCGGUGCAGGCACAAGCCAUUGACAGUAGGGCCGGAUUGGGGAGUCAGCAAAAGAAGUUGGACCCGAGCUUGGAGGUGCAGGCUGGAGACAGUUAUCGAACUGUCAUCCAGAAGAAGGCGAUUGCCAGGUUUAGAGAGAUGUCAUAGUUUGAGAUGAGAGAGGGGCCGGGGGUUAGGGAGGGUUGUGGGGAUGGAGAUAAAGCUGAUUCGGUAUCAGUUUAAUGUAGAAAAUCUCACAGGUUCUGAACUUGCCAUUGUAGGUCUUUUUUUUGUAUGAAUUGUUAGUUUCAUCAAUCUAGUGAAAAUUUAAAUCAA